GGUCUCCAGGGAGUAUCAAACUACCACGUCUGCAGCAGGGAGAGAGGGGAAGAGGAGAGGGGAUCAAAAUAAACCGACUGGAGGAUCGAGAAGAGAGGACAGCGAGGAGUCAGGACUGCUUCAUGAAAACAAAGUCGGCUGUAACAUCUGGAGGAAAGCGCAAACUGAAUUUGGACAUAGAAUACGCACCGCCUGUAGCCAGAGCCCCUCACAGACUUCCUGCUCCCAGUAUAGUGUUGUAAUAGUGUUGGUUAAAAUUCACCAAAACGCGAGCAGAAUGCACACUGGACAAAUACUCCUCGUAGUUUAGGUAACUCAAGUAAAUAAGUUGCAGAGGCGCAUAUCUUCUGGAAACUCGUUUUGUGCUUUGCGCCAAGUCGAUCUCGGGUGCGACGUUUUCGUUUAUUGGAUACGUCUUUUCACAGACAAUGUUUUGACAAAUAGCAAAGUGAAGAUUGCGCGAACUGUUACAGGAAGAUCUGUCUAUUUUGUAUUGUUUUUUGGAGAGACAAGUGAUGGCACCAGAGCUCAAAUCGCUUGUCCGACUGCUGCUGCUGGCAGUGGUGUGGGAGCUGAGCGCACAUGGAGCGACGGAGCGACAAGUCAAUCCAGAGUCAUGGCUGCAGCAGUACGGGUACCUGCCCCCGGGGGACAUGAGGACCCACGCCCUCCGCUCCCCUCACUCCGUCUCCUCGGCCGUCGGCGCCAUGCAGAGGUUCUACGGACUCACCGUCACUGGCACCUUUGACACCAACACGAUUGAGGCCAUGAAGCGACCGCGCUGUGGCGUGCCAGAUAAGUUUGGUGCCGAGCUGAAGAGCAACCUGAGGAGGAAGAGAUACGCCAUCCAGGGCCUGAAGUGGAAAAAGAAUGACAUCACCUUCUCUAUACAGAACUACACCCCUAAGGUGGGUGAGUACGAGAGCAACGAUGCCAUCAGGAAGGCCUUCAAGGUGUGGGAGGGUGUCACCCCGCUUCGUUUCCGGGAAAUCCCCUACAGUUACAUAAGGGACAAGGUGGAGGAGUUUGCCGACAUCAUGCUCUUCUUCGCCGAGGGUUUCCAUGGGGACAGCAGCCCAUUCGAUGGGGAGGGAGGCUUCCUAGCACAUGCCUAUUUCCCCAGUAAUGGCAUCGGCGGGGACACCCACUUUGAUGCGGCUGAGCCGUGGACUGUUGGGAACAAGGAUCUGAUGGGUAAUGACUUAUUCCUGGUUGCGGUCCAUGAACUGGGCCAUGCUCUGGGUCUGGAGCACUCCAAUGACCCUUCAGCCAUCAUGGCUCCCUUCUACCAGUGGAUGGACACCGACAACUUCCAACUUCCUGACGACGAUCGCAGAGGCGUACAGCAACUUUAUGGUUCUGGAUCAGGCCCUCACCCCCCCGAUGUAUCACCCCGUACGCCGAACCACAACCCAGACCCCACAUAUUCACCAGACAAGCCUCGCUUUGGCCCCAACAUCUGUGACGGACACUUCGACACCAUCGCCAUCCUCAGAGGAGAAAUGUUUGUGUUCAAGGACAAAUGGUUCUGGAGGGUACGUAACAACCAUGUUCUAGAUGGAUACCCCAUGCCGAUUGGUCACUUUUGGAGGGGAUUGCCCACCCAUGUCAAUGCCGCUUUUGAAAGGGAAGAUGGGAAAUUUGUUUUCUUUAAAGGGGACAAGUAUUGGGUGUUCACUGAAUCCAUUCUGGAUGAUGAUUACCCUAAGAGUCUAAAGGAAAUGGGCACUGGGCUUCCCAAAGAUCGAAUGGACGCUGCUCUCCACUACACCCCCACUGGACAGACGUAUUACUUCAGAGCAAACAAAUAUUACCGUUUCAACGAACAUACACGAAGCGUUGACAGUGAUUAUCCAAAAGCUAUUAGUGUGUGGCAAGGAGUGCCUGACAACAUCAAGUCGGCCUUCAUGAGCAAAGAUCAAGUGCACACCUACUUCUACAAAGCCAACAAGUACUGGAAGUUCAACAACCAGAUGAUGCGUGUGGAGCCGGGAUACCCCAAAUCAGCCCUCCGCGACUGGAUGGGCUGCCCCAACGAAGACCCCAAGACGGAUGGAGGAAAAGGCGGCGGCGGACACGACAAGGACAAGGAGAGGGAGAAGGACAAGGAGCGGGAGGAUAAGGACAGAACCAGAGACAGAGAGAGGGAAAGAGAGAGGGAGACGGAGAAGGAGGAGGACACGGAGGUGAUCAUUAUUGAAGUGGAUGAGGAGGAAGGGGUAGGGGGUGGCAGCGGAGCAGCGGCUGUGGUGGUGCCGCUGUUCCUGUUGGUGUGUGUGAUUGCGACCCUGGCCGCCUUGGUGUUUUUCCGUCGGUACGGUACCCCACGCAGACUCCUCUACUGCCAACGAUCUUUACUGGACAAGGUGUAGACGGAGGAGGAGGGGAGGGAGAGAGGAGGGAAAGACAGAGAGAGAAAGAGAACACAAAAGUGGAAGGAAAUCUUAAACACAGAUAAUGAGAGCAGAAGAGAUCAGAAACUGGAGAAAGAGCAGGAGGAAAAGCACCAGACUUGCAUUUUAAAAUAUUCGUACCACUGCCAGAUUCCUUCUGCUCAACCACUCCACUUCCAUCUCUCCCUCCCAUCUGGCUCUGCCUCUGUCCUCGCGGUUACUGACGCCAGCUCAUUGCUGUUUGUUUUAGUCUUUUUCAAAGUCUUAUUUUUAGUUUCUUUCAGUGGUCAGUGUUUGUGUCCUCUUCGAACCUGCAUCUCCGUGACGCACAUUCUAGCAUGUUCUUACGAGUGAGCAGAGAGCGAGUUUGAUCGUUGGUUCCUUCCCCUAUGCACAUACACACACAGACACACACUUGGAAACCACAGUGACAUCGUCAUUGUGUUUUUUAAUCUUCCAGUAGAGUAACGUAUCAGAGCCAUUAUGGACGAUAAAAGGGAAAACAAACCAUUAGCUCAAGUUUUUAUGAAGCACGAGAUACACUCAUAUCAGAGUAAAGCAAUAAAUCAGUCUUUUCCUUUUUUUUAUAUCAAUGUCUUUAGUGCUGAUUAUUAUUAUAAAUGAUGUCGUCAUUAUUAUUAUGACUAAUAGUAUUCUUGUUGUUGUCCUACGUGUAAAGAAUGUGUUUUUUGUACAUUGUCAUUAAAACGUCCUGCUGGACAGUGACAUACGGUUUUUAAAGUGGCCUUAAUUUUAUAAAUGUGUGGGGACAGUGAAUGGGGUUUUGUAUUCUUGAAACUUGAUUGUUUUUUUUGUUUUGUUUUUACCUUGAAUCAAUCUCAAAUGAAAUAAAUUGAAGAUCUGAAAAUUA